CUUUAUUGGUUGUGUGCAAAUGGAAAGCAGGUUACAAAGACAUAUUCUGCAGCUGUGGAUAACUGAACUGACUUCACAGAUGAAUGUGUCUCUGUUCUCAGGCUGAUUGAACUGAAACCCUGGACGAGGAGGUUGUAGGAGAAGAGGAGGAUGGACAACGUCUCCUCACACAAACAUUUCAUCCUCGAUGGCUUCAGUGAACUGGGAGCUCUGAGGCCCGUCCUCUUCAUCCCGUUCUCCAUCAUGUUCAUUGUGUCGCUGUCGGCCAACUCCCUGCUGCUGUACAUCAUCAUCUCACAGAGAAGCCUCCACUCCCCGAUGUACAUCCUCAUCGCCGGCAUGGCGUGCGUGGACCUGAGCCUCCCUCUAUUCUUCGUCCCCAACAUGCUGCUGAACUUCCUGUUUGACUGGAGGGGAAUCUCUCUGAUUGGCUGCCUGGUUCAGAUGCACUUCAUUCACUUUGUUGGAACUUUUCAGUGCACUUUACUGGCGUGGAUGGCAUUGGACCGCUACUUCGCCAUCUGCACGCCACUCUACUACCAUGAAGGCAUGGCACUACAGAGGUUUCUCAGGUUUAUGAUCCCACCUGUGAUCAGAAACAUCCUCAUAAUCACAGCGUUUGUGAGUCUUGCAGGGCCCUUGUCCUUCUGUGCUUCUAAUGUGAUAAAUCACUGUUUCUGUGAGCACAUGGCCUUGGUGGAGCUGGCCUGUGGAAGCACCACCAUUAACAACCUGGUGGGGUUACUGGCUGUGUUCCUCAUCCCUGUGGCCGACUUCAUCUUCAUCGCUGCCUCUUAUGUGGUGAUAUUCAGGUCUGUGCUGAAGUCCGGCAGAUCAGGUAUCAAAGCUCUUGAUACUUGCAUCACCCACAUUGUGGUCAUCAGCAUCAGCCUGACUGUGGCGCUUACUGCUUUCCUUUCCUACCGGAUCAGAGUUGGUCUUCCUGCCGCUAGUCAGGUUUUCUUCAGCACCAUGUACCUGCUGUUCCCAAGCUGCUUCAACCCGAUCAUCUACGGCGUCAGAACCACAGAGAUAAGAAAAAAUGUGAUUCAAACUAUAAAACAGAGGAAAACUUCUGCUCUCUCAAAAAGACAGGAACUGUUUUUACAUAACAUGUAAACUUUUCAAACUGUGAGCACUCAAAGGAGGAGUGCAAAUCACUUUUUCUUCAAAGUUAGAGUGACAGCGUCAGUUGGCUAGAGUGCGUGAAGCAGUAAAAAAUAACCAUUAUUUUUAUUUUUAACUCGAACUCGCGGCCAAACCGUAAAAAGGAGACAAAUAAUUCUUUCUGAAAAUAUAGACAUAGUUGUUGGGAUUCAUAAAAUGUAA